AUGGUGGAACUGCCAGCUCCUUUCGCGGAUAUACCCCGGCUUCCUUUGCUCUUUUCACAUCCGCCUGCCAUUGAGCCUCUUCCCCGGCUAUCUGCUCAUCUCGCGCAGCAGUCUCAGCCAGCACCUACCUUCUGGAUUGCGAACGAGAGUCAUAACUCCUCAUUAUCAGGUGGCGGAGGGAACAAGCUUCGCAAGCUGGAGUACGUGCUCGCCGACGCGCGCAACGCUGGCGCAAAGACCAUCGUAACCACUGGUGGUGUGCAGAGCAACCACAUGCGCCAGACCGCGGCUGCGGCUGCCCGUUACGGAUUUCAAUGCGUCCUACUACAGAAAGAUCUUAUCUCGCAGUCAGACACCGACUUCGCGUACCACCACCUCGGCAACGUUCAGCUUGAUCACUUGCUGGGCGCGAAGGUCCUGCAAUCGACGACACCGGACGUUGCGCUCGCUUGGCUACGCGAGAAUGACUGCGAGCCGUACUUUAUCCCGGCUGGCGCCUCGACGCACCCACUCGGUGGCCUCGGCUUCGCGCGCUGGGCUUUCGAGCUCGUGGAGCAGGAAGCGGCGCGAGGGGUGCACUUUGACACGAUCUUCGUUGCCACUGCGAGCGGCAGUACUGCAGGCGGCAUGCUUGCUGGGUUACGAUUAGUCGCAAAGCUGCAGAAGGAGCGGUCACCGGGGGCGGAGAUUCCGCGAAGGCGGCUAGUCUCCGUUCUUGCAAAGCCUGACGAGGAGGGCGAGCUGCAACGUCUCAUGUCGGACAUUGCGCGCGAUACUGGGUCGCUGAUUGGCCUGACGGGGGAUGGCCCGUAUCCAGAUGUCGAGCUCGUCAUCGAGGAGCGCUUUCAUGCGGGAGCGUAUGGUCGGAUGGAUGCCCAGACUCGAGAUGCCAUUAAGUCGCUUGCCACCCUCGAAGGUAUUGUCACGGACCCGGUGUACACAGGGAAGGCGCUUGCUGGUAUACUCGGGCGUGCAAGGUCCGGAGAUUUAGCGGACUCAAAGAACGUGCUCUUUGUACAUACCGGUGGUCAGACUUCCUGUAGUGCGUAUCCCUCUCUGCGGUGA